UCUAAAAUUAAAUCGGAGAGAGACGGAGAGUUUGGGAAACGGUUCGGAGACUGGCAUUGGAAGCGAGAAUUUUUUUUUUUGGCUGAAGAGAUCUAAACCCUUUACAUUUUCUAUUAUUUUGGGGGCAAAACUCGGAAUUGGGGCCCCUUCGUUUUUGUCAGCGAUAAAUAGUCUUCUCCUGCACAAUCUCGCCCCCCACCUUUCUCUCUGCUUCGAUUUCUUUCUAUUCCAGGUUUUCUGGUUUUGAGGCUGCUUUUGGGGGCGAACCAUGGCUGUCGAGGUUGUGGGGUUUGAGAUGGUCCAAGGACCAGUGGACACUGUAACUGAAGGAUGCACUAAUGUUUUGCAUGAGAAGGAGAAUGGCAAAUUGGAUCAGGGGCCAGGGCUUAACGAGCCCAUGAAAUUUGGUUCACAUGGAGAUGAACCAAUUAAAGGAGAAGGAAAUGGUGUUUCUGAUGCCAACUUCCCAAAGGAUGCGGUUGACGAGUGGCCUGCACCUAAGCAGAUCCAUUAUUUUUAUUUUGUCAGAUGCCGAUCAUAUGAUGACCCAAAAAUAAAAGCUAAGAUUGAUCAGGCGGACAAAGAGAUUCAGAGGAAAAACCAAGCACGCUUUCAGAUAACUGAAGCGCUAAAGGCAAAACUGUCGGAUCGAGCAGAGUUGAUUUCUCAGAUUAGAGCUUUGAAAGAUGAGAGCCGGCAGUUUAAGGCAAUCUUGGAUGAGAAAAGAAAGGAGAUUGAACCUCUGCAACAGGCUCUUUGGAAGCUGCGCAAUACAAACACCGUCGGUCGGGGCAGUGGUUUAUGUUCAUCUGAGGAAGAGCUUAAUGAUUUUAUCCAUGGUUUGCAGUACCGCAUACAACAUGAGAGCAUUCCGUUGUCUGAGGAAAAACAACUCCUUAGAGAAAUCAGACAACUAGAGGCAACAAGGGAAAAAGUUGUUGCAAAUGCUGCUAUGAGAGCAAAGAUACAAGAUUCAUUGGGUCAGAGAGAAGACAUUCAAGACCAGGUUAAACUCAUAGGUGGUGAUUUGGAUGGAGUAAGAAAGGAGAAACAAGUACUUCAGACCAAAAUUAAGCAAAUUGAAGACACACUAACGGCAGUGGACGAUGGUAUUAAUUCUUUAUCGGAGGAGCUAAAAGCUGUCAUCCAAAAGAGGGACAAGGCAUAUGAAAGUAUUCAACAACUCAGAAAACAACGUGAUGAAGGGAAUGCCUGCUUUUACCAAAGCCGUACAGCCUUGAACAAAGCACGGGAGCUUGCUGCAAAGAAAGAUAUUAAGGCUCUUGAGGAACUUUCACAUUCAGAGGUUGAAAAUUUUUUGUCCCUAUGGAGCAGUAACAAGGCUUUUAAGGAGGAUUAUGAGAAAAGAAUUUUGCCAUCUUUAGAUGGUAGACAAUUGAGUAGGGAUGGACGGAUGAGGAACCCAGAUGAGAAGCCUUUGGUGGUGUUGGAAGAACCAACAUUUUCCGAGACACAGACAAUGGCAAAAGCUAGUGUCAAAGAAUUAAAGGAAGAUUCCAAAUCAACUUCACAGGUUACUUUGCCCACCCAAAAAGCCCAGAAGGAAACAAAAAAUAAAGCAACACAUCCAAAAUCCACCUUGGAGCAUAAUAAAGUAGAAGAAGACAGGGAGAUCCCUGGGUUAGAAGAGCUGCCAAAGAACACUCCUGCCAAAGCCAAUGAAGUUGAUGCAGCAAAGUUGAAGGAGAUGAAAAGAGAACAGGAAAUUGCGAAAGCCAAACAGGCGAUAGAAAGGAAAAAGAAGUUGGUGGAGAAAGCCGCAGCCAAAGCAGCUAUAAAAGCUCAAAAGGAAGCUGAAAAGAAGCUCAAGGAGCGUGAGAAGAAAGCAAAGAAGAAGGCAUCAGCAUCUGCACUUGCUACUGACCCAGAAAAACCACCUAUGGAAGUUGUGUCGGAGGAUGCUGAACAAGAAAAGAUAGAUGAAAUUGUUGAAGCUCCAGUUGCAGCAAAGCAGAAGGUACAAAGGGAGAAGGUUCAAAAGGGCAAUACUAUCAGACCCAGGAACAGAUCCAAAGGCCCAGAUUCUGUACCAAAAGUCUUCCUGAAACGGAAAAAGUCGACCAACUACUGGAUAUGGGCUGCUCCUGCUGCUGUGUUGGUUGUGCUGUUUCUAUUGCUUGGAUACUACUAUCUUUUCUAAAGGAACUAAAUAGGGAGAGCAAAGGACCAGCUUUUAUGCCAGAGCGUGAGUAGGUUUGUAGUACUAAAGUCAAGUUAUUCCUGUUCGUUAAAUCAUAUUGUUUUUGGUAGCUCAGUCAGUUGGGGAGAAGCG